AUGAAUUCUCGUCUCUCAGUUUCUAGGCUUUCUCUGAAUCAACCCGGCUCGAAAUUUGGCUUCUCACUCGAUACGAAGGUGAGACGGGAGUUUAUCGUUAGAGCAGAAGAUAACAACACGGAAGCUGAAUCUGUUGAUACAGAAGAAGAAGAGGUGGUCGAAUCUGGUGAAGCCAAAUCUCCAAGGAAACCGAGGAUCAAGCUCGGAGAUAUAUGGGGAUAUUGA